GUUGAGUUCCGCCUACACAUAACCAGAAAAACAAUUAAAAAAAAAAUCCUGCGAGAGACAACCAGAUCUACAACCAUGACAGCAAGUGAGGACAAUUCUUGAGUACAUACCAAGACAAACACACAUAUCUGUGACAUCGAGCAAUAUAUUUGGGAAUAGGCGAAACAAAAAGAGAAACAUGAAUGGGAACAUGCUUUACUUUGGGUGGUUUGGAAAGAAUCGUGACAGAAUCAAGAGCAAGGAAUAUGAACUCAUCAAUAAUGUUCUGCAAGAGAAAAACUCAAACUGAUAGAAAAGUCUCAAAAAAACUCAAAACAGAAAGAAACAGUAUAGACCUUUGUUUUCCUCAAGACACAUGUGGACUUAAUGUUUGUCUAACGAAUCAGACUGACCUCGCAGAUUUUUCCUGUCUUGGGGAUGAGAAUCAAGAUACAGAUCUUCAUCAUUUCACCAGUGACCAGUCCAAUGUCCAGUCAGAUGAUGUUGAAGGUCCGCUAAUAGGUGAUCAUGAAACUCAAGAGUCAGAAGGUGAAGAAGCUGAUCUACACAAAUAUCUUGUUGGCUGUAGGAAGAAUCCAGGUCAUAGCCAAUUCAUACCUGUUGAUACAUUCACCUUGAAACAUUUACCUGAAGGUCUUCAAGACAAUGAUUUGUAUGAUUACAUCAAAGCUAUAGCUGACCUGACAGUUAGAGUAAGUGUUACAAAGUCAAGUCCAUACAGACCAAAGUUUUGGCCAGAAACAACUCAACCAUAUCCAUUUUAUAACAUGAGAGAGAGAAGAAACUUGAGGACAGGAAGUGGAUGUGUGAGGUUUGUAACCAAGUUUCAAGAUGGAGUCAGACAAAAUGGAGAUAUUGGGUAUACAGCCUACAAAAAGUGUUGGUGUAGAAAAUGUAAAGAUACAGGCUCAGCCAGCAAUGUGUGGUGGGAGUUUAAUGUGGACACAGCCACACAUGUGAUUUUUGAUGAUAUUGAGGCCAACCACACGACCUUGAGAUUGUUUUAUGAUAACGAUUAUACUCGUUUAGGGAAAAAUGUUGACAAGGCCAGUGUUGUGCUUUUAAACAUUAGGUAUGACUUGUGUAAGUUAAAAUGUGUGACAUGUGACACAGAGCUAGGAAAUAAAAUGAUGGAAAUGUUUAAACAUUAUCAAAAUGUCUGGAGAAAAAUAUGUGAAAAAUACAAAGAAUCUAGAGAUACGCACAAGUUAAACUUUAUAGUGUCUCAUCCUCAUGGAUGUUCUAAACAGGUCAGUGUUGGUCAAUGGAAAGAUAAAUACAAGAUUGGUGAUGGUAGAUUUAAGUUUACUUAUACAACUUGUACAUGUCCAGGAAGUAGUGGAGCAAAUGUUUUGUGUUUGGGGUAUAAUGGGAUGAGUUAUGUGUCUAAUCUCGUCCAUAGUGGAAGUUUAAAGUGUAAAUUAAACUAUAGUGGUACUGGUUUUGUCAAUUGAUUUGUUUCCUUUAAAUAAGACUCUUCUCAACUUGUGGGUUGCAAGUUCCAUGGGAGUUGAAUGAUGCUUAGGACCAUUGGAAACAUUUUUUUUUUUUUUUUUACUUAAGUUAAAACCUGAUAUUGUACAAAACUUUUCCAUUGAUAAUUACUAUUUUUAUCAUUAAAAUUGAGUUGUUCUGCAAGAUAGAUGUUGAAGAUAACUGAAUCAGAAUCAUUUCUAACAUUUAAAUAUCAAAGCAUAGUUUAGCAGUAUAAAUUACUGCCCAUCAAAUGGUGUGGCGUACAGCAGCGAUAUGCCAUUGAAGAGUCAUAGAACUAGAGUUCUAGACAAUAUUUCAAUGUUUACCCGCUUUGUAACAUAAAUGAUAAGCAUUGUUUUAUAUUUCUUUUAUAAUUGAAAAUAAUGUUUUAAUUAUAGAACAAGACAUGAAAAUUACUCUCGAACAAAUAAAAACGUUAAGAAAUAAAAUGUAAUGACUAUUUUUUAGCGAUAUGGUUGUACUUCAUUUUAACAGUUACAGGAAUUGAGAACCCCUAAUAUGUCAUUUGUAACAAGCUUAUAUCAUAUGCAGCUGAAUACACUGUAGCGUCAUUUUCAAAGUGAGUGUCAGGAGCAGGAGUGAGUUGUAAGAGUGCAAGUAUGUUUGUGUAUUUAUUUUGUUGUGAGCUGUGUCUUAACAUAUUUUUUUUUUAAAUUCAGGACAGGUUAUGUGAGUUAGACCAGUAGUUAGUUGGUGCGCUGAUAUGGUCCUGGUCAGGAGUAGCGCAUGAAGGGGAUAUUAUCCAAUAUGUCUAUUUUCUUAUAUUUUUGUAUUUGUAAAGCUUACAGGGCUAAUGUCCAAGCUUGUUGACUACUUAUGCUUCGAAUUAUUGUUACCUAGUUCAGGGGUCGGCAACCUGCGGAUCGCAAGCCAUAUGCAGCUCUUUGGAUGUUAGGCUGCGGCUCUUUAAUUCCAUGUGCAUUUUUUUUUUCGAAAAAAAAAUUCAAAAUCGAUUCGAUUUUAUCUCUCAGCCACUUGUACUCGCUUUUCAGCGCGCCCUUGGAAGAUAUUCAGCUUUCUUCUGCCUUAUCACUUGAUAUGGAUGUGUCUUGCGACACAAAAGACGCCACACAAGUUUACCUUUUUGUCAGGUAAAUGUCUUCCCAAGGUCCAAAUGAAGAAGUCGGAAGAAAUUCUAGGAUUGCUACAGCUCUCUAGACAAGACUACAGAUACAGCUAAUGUGCAAAAAUACCUUCUAGACAAUAUAAUCAAUAGAAAUAAAACCUUUGAAUAGCAACUGAUGGAGUCAGAAGUAUGACAGGAAAAGAAAUAAAGGGGCAACUACCGAUUCUUGGGCUCAAAAAUAACCACAAAAUUCUUACAUUUCACUGCAAAAUACACCAAGAAGCGCUUUGUGCACAAAUAUUAUCAACCCAAAGAGUUGAGGUCAUGAAUCUAAAACUGCAAGGAAAGGAAAACGCAGUGUAUGUUUUGGUUGAAGAAUUAUUAUUUAUUUUUUUUUUGCAGAAGAUAAUCAGAGCGGUCAAUUACUUCAUUUAAUUUGUAAAGCAAUACUACGAUUAAACCAGUGCAACUGUUGACACGAGUUACUUCAGCACAGUUAUAAAGAAAAAUUAAAUCUGAAUCGACAGAUUUGAGCAAUUCAAAACAAACAAAACGAUUGAUGCAAUUGAUCGAUUUAAAAAGUACAUCUUUGUGUAGUGUGAAAUUCACAGAUUUGAAAAUCUGGUUGGAAGAUUUGAAGGUCCAGAAACGUAUGUAACGCAACAAAAGCGGACAGCUUUAAAAGAAUGCAUCGAGAUUAUAAGAUUAUUCAACGCAUGUAAUUGUCUUUCAUAUUGGAACUAAAAACAAACUAUGAGCAAAAUGUAUCGAAACUUUCUAAAACCAUGUAAAGCCAAAUAGUUACCACUGGAUUGGUUUGCUCUUCUGAUUGUGUUGUAUGUACAUGUUUAAAUUUUAUACUUAAAUAAUAAGUAAUUAUCUAAUAAUACCAUACAGAGGCGUCACUAGGGUGGGUGUCACCCGAUGCGUUAGGCUCAGGGUGUCAACCCCCCUCUCCAACACCAGUCUCCAAACAUUUCCCAAUACUGUUACUCAAAUGUAAAAUGAGUAUCUAUUCUAUUUUAAUUGAGAUUGAUUGUGAAAUUUUAUCCAUGGUCACUACAUAUAUUAAAAUAUACUUUACAUUAA